AUGGCGAAUGGAAUCUUCAACUCCACGUACUACGGCAAAGACUACCAGGCCGGCGCUGCCCUCCUGCGUGCCCGCCGCCCAUACCUGUUCAAGAACGCAUUUACCGGCUUUGGUCUGAUUGUCUUCUCAAUCGGCGUCUAUGCCUACACCAUCCGCGCCGUUGGACAAGAGGAAUUCUCCGAUGUGAAAGUCCCUGACGCCCCCUCGAAGAAAUAA